GCCUUGUGGAGUCUAAGGAUACAGUAAAGGAACACACACCUAUAUAGAGUUUUUGUCUAUUUCUUUUAUUGUAACCGGUUUCUCUUGGUUAUUCUGGGAGUUUGGUGAUAGUACCUGCUGAGUUUGUUCCAUUGUGGAUAGAAAAGUUCUGGAGGAAAGACAAAACUCCGACUUAUCCACUGUGAAGUCUAAAUGGAAAGAGCCACCUGCUUGGAAGAGUCGAGUGUCAGCGGGAGACGCUAAACCCAAGCGCCGUCCUCGAGAUCUGACUGGAUCUCUAUCUAAAAUCACCACGUCGGGACUUUUUUUAGGACAACCAGGAGCGCGUAGGGACAAGAAAUAGUGACGGGACAUGUCUUAUAGGGAUUCUACUCUUUAAUGGAAACGUUUUCAACACGGAAGGAUACAUAAAAUACAAGCGCAUGUUGUAACAGAACCGUAAAACAUGUCAGUGAACGAACUGUACACCAAGUACACUCGGGUUUGGAUCCCUGACCCGGAGGAGGUGUGGAAGCCUGCAGAGAUCGUUAAAGACUACAAAGAGGGAGAGUCGGUCCUGCACCUCAAACUCGAAGAUGAAUCGACACUGGCGUAUCCAAUCGGUCCUAAAGACAACCCACUGCCUUUCCUUCGAAAUCCCGACAUUCUGGUGGGAGAAAACGACCUCACAGCCCUCAGCUACCUACACGAACCUGCGGUGCUGCACAACCUCAAGGUUCGCUUCCUGGAGUCCAAUCACAUCUACACUUACUGUGGUAUUGUACUGGUGGCCAUUAAUCCAUAUGAGCAGCUGGCCAUUUAUGGUGAGGAGGUCAUCAAUGCCUACAGCGGCCAAAACAUGGGUGACAUGGACCCUCAUAUAUUUGCCGUGGCCGAGGAGGCUUAUAAACAGAUGGCCAGAGAUGAAAGGAAUCAGUCGAUCAUUGUGAGCGGAGAAUCAGGAGCUGGGAAGACGGUAUCAGCCAAAUACGCCAUGCGCUACUUCGCCACUGUGGGAGGAGCCGCCAAUGACACAAACGUGGAGGAGAAAGUGCUGGCAUCCAGCCCCAUCAUGGAGGCUAUCGGAAACGCAAAGACGACGCGCAACGACAACAGCAGCCGCUUCGGGAAAUACAUCCAGAUCGGCUUUGACAGGAGGUAUCACAUCAUCGGCGCCAACAUGCGCACGUACCUGCUGGAGAAAUCCAGAGUGGUUUUUCAGGCUGAGGAUGAGAGGAACUACCACAUCUUCUACCAGCUGUGUGCCUCUGCCUCACGCCCUGAGUUUAAAGAUCUGGCCUUGACCAGUGCAGAAGAGUUCACUUACACCUCGCUAGGACAGAACAUCUUUAUUCCGGGGGUUAAUGAUGAUGUGGACUUACAGAAGACGCGGGAUGCCUUGACCAUGCUGGGUGUGAAGGAAAAUCACCAGAUGAACAUCUUUCAGAUAAUUGCCUCCAUCUUGCACCUUGGGAAUGUGGAGAUUGUUUCUGAGAGAGACGGAGAGUCAUGUCAUAUAAAUAGAAACGACCCUCACCUUCUUCACUUCUGCGAGCUGCUGGGGAUCGAGAAGGACCAGAUGGAAAACUGGCUGUGCCGUAGAAAGUUAGCCACAGCAACAGAGACCUAUGUAAAGAACAUGUCCUCCGUCCAGGCUUCUAACGCCCGCGACGCUCUGGCUAAACACAUAUACGCCCAUCUGUUCGACUGGAUUGUGGAGCACAUCAACAAAGCCCUGCAUACCUCCACCAAACAGCACUCCUUCAUCGGAGUGUUGGAUAUUUACGGGUUUGAAACUUUUGAGAUUAACAGCUUCGAGCAGUUCUGCAUCAACUAUGCCAACGAGAAACUUCAGCAACAGUUCAACUCUCAUGUUUUUAAACUGGAGCAAGAGGAGUACAUGAAGGAGCAAAUCCCAUGGACACUCAUCGACUUCUAUGACAACCAGCCAUGCAUCGACCUAAUUGAGGCCAAGCUCGGUAUCCUGGACCUGCUGGACGAAGAGUGCAAGGUACCUAAAGGAACAGAUCAGAACUGGGUGCAGAAGCUCUACGGUCGACACACGGCCAGCGAGCACUUUGAGAAGCCGAGAAUGUCCAACACAUCGUUCAUCGUGGUCCACUUUGCAGAUAAGGUUGAGUAUCAGUGUGAAGGCUUUCUGGAAAAGAACAGGGACACCGUAUAUGAAGAACAGAUCAACAUCCUAAAGGCCAGCAAGUUCCAGCUAGUGGCAGAUCUCUUCCAGGAAGAAAAAUCAGCUCCUGCUUCUGCAGGCAAAACCUCCAAGAUCAACGUACGUCCUGCAAAACCAAUGCCCAAAAGCCACAACCGUGAGCACCGCAAAUCUGUAGGCACCCAGUUUCGGAGUUCAUUACAUCUUCUGAUGGAGACUCUGAACGCUACGACUCCACACUAUGUACGCUGCAUAAAACCCAACGACCUUAAAGAAGCCUUUGUGUUUGAUUCCAAAAGAGCCGUCCAACAGCUUCGAGCAUGUGGUGUUCUGGAGACCAUUCGCAUCAGCGCUGCAGGAUAUCCAUCCAGGUGGACCUACUCCGAUUUCUUCAGCAGGUAUCGCGUGCUGAUGAAAAAGAAAGACGUGACUGCCGACAAGAAGCAGGUUUGCAGGUCCCUGCUGGAGAUGUUGAUCAAGGAUCCAGAUAAGUUCCAGUUCGGAAAGACUAAGAUCUUCUUCCGAGCCGGUCAGGUAGCGUACCUCGAGAAGCUCCGGGCCGACAAGUUCCGGUUCGCCUGCAUUAAGAUGCAGAAGACCGUGCGAGGAUGGCUGCAGAGAAGACGCUAUCAGAAGAUCCGGAAGUCGGCCAUCUUGCUGCAGAGAUACGGCCGCGGCCUCCUGGCGCGCAGGUAUGCAGAACAGUUGCGUCUCACCCGCGCUGCUCUGAUCUGUCAGAAGCAGUACAGGAUGGCGAGGGUCCGGCGCGCAUAUCUGACCAUUCGCAAGGCUACGAUCACCAUCCAGGCUUUCACACGGGGCAUGUUCACACGCCGCCUGUACCAAGAGUACAUGAUGCACCACAAGGCCAGCAUCAUCCAGAGAUGCGUGCGUAGAUGGCUGCAUAGGAGGAAGUUCUGCCGCGCCCGGGACGCAGCGGUGGUGCUGCAGUGUGCUUACAGGCGUGUACUCGCCAGGCGCCGGUUCAAUCAGCUGAAGAUCGCGGCGCGCUCCGCAGAACACUUCAAGAAUCUCAACGUGGGCAUGGAGAACAAGAUCGUGCAGCUUCGGAGAAAGAUGGACGAUCAGAAACAUGAGUAUAUAGUGCAAAAUGAGAAGCUGUCCGAAGCGAACACGGUGUUGGUCACCGAGGUCAGCAAACUGCAGAAGCAGCUGGAGGUGGCACAGAAUCGUAAAGGCGAAUCCACGCAGCUGAGCUCAUUGCAGGAUGAGUUAGAGAAACUAAGGGAGGCGCUACAGGACGCACACGCCCAGAAGAAGAAGCUCGAGGAGGAGCACAGCACUGAGAAGCAGGGCCUGGAGCAGAGAGUCCAGGAGCUGGAGCGAGAAAAUUCUCUCCUGAAGGAGGAGAAAGAAGCGAUGAACCAGAAGAUCCUUCGCCAGUCGCAGAGCUCCGGGGGAAAGGAUGGCAGUUUGUCUCAGAAAGAGGCUAGUAUACAGGCUGAGCUGGAUGAUGAGAGGCUGCGCUAUCAGAACCUGCUGAAGGAGUUUAACCGACUGGAGCAGAGAUAUGAAAACCUUCAAGAGGAGGCCACUUAUGCCAAAUUUGUUCCAGGUCAUCGCAGGAGUCCAUCCAUCCAAAGCAGCUUGGGCUCUGACUCCACCUUCCCUUCCAUCUCCAUGUCUGAGGUGGGAGACACUGAGGACACCAUUCAGCAGGUGGAGGACAUGGGACUGGAGAAGGCAGCCAACGACAUCAGUGUGUUCAUGAAGCUGCAGAAACGAGUGCGAGAGCUGGAGCAGGAGAGGAAGAAACUUCAGACCAACCUGGAGAAGAUGGAGGAGCUCAGCAAGCAGAAAGCGAUUGAUUCGAAGAUUUCAACGUCAGAGGCAGACACAAACGCAGAUCUGGCAUACAACAGUCUUAAGAGGCAAGAACUCGAGUCUGAGAACAAGAAGCUGAAAAACGACUUGAACGAACUGAGGAAGUCUCUGGUUGAGCGAGCCUCCGAGAACUGCUCAUCGAACGAAUUGCAAGACAGCUACAAUGUUCUGCUCAAUCAACUCAAAGCAGCCAACGAGGAGCUGGACGUACGCAAAGAGGAGGUUCUUCUGCUAAAAACGCAGAUCGUCAGCACCACCAAGCCUUCAGAAAACACCAAUCACAUCAACUCCACCGACAUUGAAUGGGACAGCAACAAAAAGCCUGUGGAGAAGGAGGAGGUUUUACAGGCUUACCAGGGUCUCAGUGAAUCCAAGAGGCUGCUGGAAACACAGCUCCAAUCGCAAAACCGGAAGCACCAAGAUGAGCUGGAGGCUCUUCACACGCAAAUCGAGGUGAUGAAGGAGGAUCUGGAGAAGAAGCAGGAGAUGCUCAAUCACUUUAGUUCGCUGUCCCCCGAUGCCCUGGUGGAGUUCAGCGUCCAGCAGGAGAUCACACGCCUCACCAAUGAAAAUCUGGACCUGAAAGAGGUCAUGGAGAAGCUGGAGAAAAAUGAGAGGAAGCUUAAAAAGCAGCUCAAGAUCUACAUCAAGAAAGUUCAAGAACUUGAAGCAUGUCAGGCAGCAGUAAAUCGGCCCAAGCUGGUCAGGCAGGUCACAGUCCAGAGGAAGGAGAAGGACUUUGAGGGCAUGCUGGAGUACUACAAAGAGGACGAGGCCCUGCUGAUCAGAAUGCUUAUCACGGACAUGAAGCCCCAGAUCGUUUCUGCCACCGUCCCUUGUCUCCCAGCAUACAUCCUCUUCAUGUGCAUCCGUCACGCAGACUACAUCAACAAUGACCAGAAAGUGCAUUCCCUGCUCACCUCCACCAUUAACGCUAUCAAGAAACUUCUCAAGAAAAACAGUGAGGACUUCGAGAUGACUUCAUUCUGGCUGGCUAACACGAGUCGACUCCUGCACUGCCUCAAACAAUACAGCGGAGAGGAGGCAUUCAUGACCCAGAACACAUCCAAACAGAACGAGCACUGCCUAAAGAACUUUGACUUGGCUGAGUACCGGCAGGUUCUGAGUGACCUGGGCAUUCAGAUCUACCAGCAGCUUAUUAGAAUAGCCGAGACCACGCUGCAGCCCAUGAUCGUGUCGUCUAUGCUAGAGAGCGGGACUCUGACUGGUGUGAAGCCUCUGGGCUACAGGAACCGCUCCUCGAGUGUGGACUGUGACAGUGGAGGCCCGUCAGGCUACACUCUGGAGGCUCUGAUCAAGCAGCUCAGUCAGUUCUACACACUGAUGAGCGACCACGGCCUGGACCCCGAGAUCAGCCAGCAAGUGGUGCGCCAGCUCUUUUACUGCAUCAAUGCAGUCUCACUCAACAACCUGCUGUUGCGCAAAGAUAUGUGCUCCUGGAGCACCGGCAUGCAGCUCAGGUACAACAUUAGUCAGAUGGAGGAGUGGUUGAGGGGACGAAAUCUUCACCAGAAGGAAGUUAUGUUAACCAUCGAGCCGCUCAUCCAGGCUGCCCAGCUGCUACAGGUGAAAAAGAAGACGUCUCAGGAUGCCAAGGCCAUCUGCUCCAUGUGUAAUAUUCUCAGCACACAACAGAUUGUGAAGAUCCUGAAUCUAUACACUCCCCUGAAUGAGUUUGAGGAGAGGGUUACUGUGUCCUUCAUCAGAGACAUACAGAAUCUUCUACAAGGUCGUAUAGAGAACAGCCAGCUCUUAGUGGAUACCAAGCACACGUUCCCCGUGCUCUUCCCUUACACUCCUUCAGCUUUGAGCCUGGAGACCCUGCACAUCCCUGCCAAUCUCAGCCUGGACUUCCUCGUCAGAGUCUGACAUCUCUCAGUUUUUUUUUCUUCGUCUUUCUCUCUGAGCUCCACCCAGUCAGCUUAAGAGCAGAGAGAAGAGCAAGUCCCAUGCAACAACCAGCAAGCACACACCCUGACCAGCUAGCAAGGGUCUUGGUAGAAGAAUUACAGUGUUGAGACUGUGUGUGAGACCCGGUGUGUUCGGAGAAGGUGUAGAGAUCCUGCUACCUUCCUAUGUGACAGGUUAUUUUUCCUCUGGUACUGUUUGGGAUAAAACGGGCAGGUAUUUUGGUAAUAAUGUGUUUGAACUCUGGAACUCCAGUGCAGAUUUGUUUCUUUACAGGUCAAAACUUCGAUCUAGUUUUCCACAUUUUCACUCCUCAGUCCUGGUUUUAAAUUUGGUCUUCACUUUUUAUGAAUUUUUCUUAGCUGCCUGCCAAAAACUACUGCAUUGCAGACAACCACUGUCUAAACGAAGAUCCUUGCACUGACUGCAAGAGUCUAGGCAAUGGAAGGCAAGGCAAGGCAGAGUCUAGAACAGCGAAGCAAAUACACACCGAUAGAGAGUGAGAUACGCCUAAGAGCGACAGUUGUACAUACAGUAUGUUGUACAGAAGGGAGGUCUGAGAGGCAGGAAAGGACAUACCAGAUACAACACGUAUGAUGAGGGGUAAAUAGGCAACUUGUAUGUGUUGAAAGGUUUGAGCAAGUGAAUUGCAGGAAUUUAGAGAAAAUCCUCAGUAGGCUGUAAACAAGCAGGUCUUGCUGUAACAUAGGCUUUCGCAUGCUUUCUUUUUUUUUUUUUUUAUCUUUUUUAUCGACCAUCAAGGUUUUUUGGAAACUUCCUGUACACACAAGCUACUUACAUUGUGUGACAUCUUUAUUACCCCUGAAGUAGACAGCAUCAUUCAGAGAUAUCUGCUGGGGUUAAAGUUUGCAGAACAUCCGUGUUCUAAGGCUGCUGUUUUUCAGGGGUAGAUGAAACAAAUCCAUUGGGCAGCCCCUAAAAUUUCCCUAGUCCUCUGUUUUUGUUUGAACAGAAACCUAUUACACAAAGCAAAAAAAAAAAAAAGGAACUUAGAUUAUAUGUAAUAACCAAAAUGAUUAUAUCAGCAUCAAGGAAUGACUUGUCAUGGUAAAGUGCAUUAAGUUUAAAGUCAGGGUUAUUUUUGUCUUUAAACCUGAUUACAUCCCAGACUACAGAUUUGUCUGGCCUUCAUUCUGAAUGAAUGUUUCAAAACACUGCAUGUGACUCUUAUAGGUGAUUAUGGCUGAUAAGUGUGACAUAAGUCUAUUAGAAAUGUAAUAAAAAAAUACCUGUUCAUCUCAAUAUUCAAUAUUGGGACAUGAGAGAUAAUCUGACAACACAUUUUAUUUAGCAAAAUAUGAGGUUUUGUUUUUUGUUUUUCUUCAUACAGUGCCAUAAUAACAGGGGGUGUAAAUAUCACAUCUGUCAUGGUCUUGGUUUAUUUGGACUGGCUGUAAUCUUUAAUUACCGUGAGUAGGGGCUAUGAUCUCACUUACGCCAUAUAAUAUCAUUUAAAAGGCAAUGUGUGUAUUUCAGUGUUCUCAUAUAUUAUACAGGUGUAAAUAUAAAAUGGGAUAUAUUUACAUUGUGAAUUUUUUUUUAUUCGCAGUUGAUCUUGAAAAGAUUUUACAGCAGUCUUCAUUCCUGUGUGCUUUUUACUUUAUACAGUUUUAUAUAAAGCAGGUAGUCCGGUUUUGGGAAGGUUCAGUUCACUGCGCUGUGAUUAAUAAUAUUAGUUAAUCUUGCGUACAUGUAAUUAAUGAAAAAAUCUCAAGUGCCACAGGAAUAUUUCUUCUCUAUGUUUGUCAUCCAGCAUGUCAUAUUUAACUAUUAGACCACUUUUCACUGAGGAUGUGCGUCAUUGCGAUCUGUAGGUUCGUUCCCUGUACAACAAACACAGUCCAAAGAGAAAUCCUUUCACCUGAUUGUGUACUUCUUUACACACACACACACACACACACACUUAGAAAACCCAAAUGUAUAUAUUUUAAGGAAUAUAUUUUCUUGGCUGUUAUUUUUCCAGACCCCUGACCACUUGUCCUGAAGUGUAAUAAUGUAAUAGUGAUGUGUGCCAUGAAGUCUGAACAAAUGCUGUAUGAAUCUGUUCAUACUAAAUAUCCUGAUGAAUAGAAA